UCGAGACCUGCAGCAGGAGAGGAGUUAAAAGGCGAUGCUCUGAGCAGCUCCAUGAGUUUGGAUCUCACUCACUGAUCCCAUUUUUACAUGAACAUGAAGAGCGGCUGGAUUUCACUGUGCGGGCUUCUGGCUGCCGUUUGCACCGUCCAGUCCACCUACACCUACUACUCGAUUCUGCGUUGCGACUGCAAUGGAAGAUCCCGGUACUGCCUCCGCGACGCCUUCGGUCUGCACUGCGUGGACUGUCAGGGGAACACCGAGGGCCGCCACUGCGAGCGCUGCAAGGACGGCUUCUACCUGCAGGGGGCGGGACUGAGCUGCACGCGCUGCCACUGCAACCCGACAGGUUCUGUCAGUUCCAGGUGUGACAGCAGGGGGCGCUGCAGCUGUAAAGACGGCGUCACCGGAGAGAAAUGUGACCGCUGCCGGGACGGACCGAUCGGACCGAACGGCUGCAGCCGAAGUCGUCAGCCCAGAGAGGAUUCUGGGAGUCUGAGCCUCCCGUGUUUCUGUUACGGCCACAGCAGCCAAUGUUCUCCACGGUCCGGGUACUCCGUCCACGCAAUCACCUCCAACUUCGCCACUGGUCCAGACGGUUGGAAGACGGCGACAGCGCAGGGCGUCACCCCCGAUGAUGUUCACUUCCGCUGGUCACCGAAACACCAGGACGUGGAGGUGAUCUCCAAGAACAGCCUGCCAGUUUACCUGUACGCCCCAGCUCCUUACCUGGGGAAUCAGUUGCUGAGUUACGGUCAGAACUUUUCCUUCUCUCUGCGUCUGGACCGCGGCGUCCGACACCCCUCCACCAAUGACGUGAUCCUGGAAGGUGCCGGUCUACGAGUGUCCGCCUCGCUGGGCGACCUGCGGUCCAUUGUCCCCUGUGGACAGAAGAUCAGCUACAGCUUCAGGCUGGACGAGCAGCACGGCAGCAGAUGGAGGCCUCGGCUCUCCUCCUUUGACUUCCAGACGCUCCUCCAGAACCUCACCGCCAUCAAGAUCCGGGCAACGUUCGGCGAAAAUGGACGCGGUUACCUUGACAACGUAAAGCUGGUGUCUGCGCAGCGCGGAGACGGUUCUCCGGCCCGUUGGGUUCAGACCUGCAGCUGUCCGCAGGGAUACGAGGGCGAGUUCUGCGAGCGAUGCUCGGAUGGUUUCACGCAUAAGAACCCUGCAGAUGGAGCCUUCAGCACAUGUGAGCCAUGCACCAGAGACUGCUACCCUGCUGACGAGACGCCCUGCUCUGAGGGGUUUUACCGCGACCCGUGGCAGCCUCGUACCUGUGUGAAGUGUCCCUGUCCAGAUGGAGUGUCCUGCUCACUGCCUGCCGGCUCACUGCAGCCUCGCUGUGAACGCUGUCCAACCGGAACCACAGGUCCUCAUUGUAAAGUCUGUCAGGAGGGUUUUUAUGGUGACCCCACAGGGAGUGCCGGUAUUCAGCGACCUUGCAUGCCCUGCAAAUGUAAUGGCCAUAUCGACGUCACCGUGGCGGGAAGCUGCGAUCGCAGCAGCGGCGAAUGUCUGAAGUGUCUGAACAACACGAAGGGACGGAGCUGUGAGGCCUGCGUGCGAGGUUUCUACCACAGCCGAACCACCGACGCCUGCAGACCAUGUGACUGCGACGUUCAGGGCUCCGAGUCCCAACAGUGUGAUGAUUCUGGCCGCUGUCGGUGCAGACCGGGUUUUGAGGGUCUGAGGUGUCAACAGUCCAACUGUCCCGCCUGUUUCGGCCCCAUCAAGGCAAAGAUGGAGGCUUACGCUGCCAAACUGAAGGAGCUGGAGACUCUGUUCUCAGACAUGGACGGAGGGUUUCAACCAGCUAACCGUGAGAUGGAGGCUUCUCUGAGAGCUGCUCAGGACGCCGUGGAGGACAUGCAGAGCAGCAUCAAACGGCUCGCGGACCUGGAGAAGGACCUGCAGAGCCGUCUGUCGUCUAUCAGCAGGAGUCAGCUGGCUGACGGGCAGGACAUCCAGUUCAUCGCCGAGGCAGCGGUCGACAUCAAACAACGACAGCAGACGUACAAGACGAAGGUGGACGAGGUUCAGACUCUGAUCGAGGAGAUGAGACGCAAGCUGGUCAAAGCCCAGACCGACCUCAGAUCAGCUGAGGUUCCUCUGGGAGAUGCUCCGCUGGAUUCAAACAGCCUCUCUCAUUUGGUAAAGGAGGCGACCGGUCUGGCUGAUAAACAUCAGACCGACGCAAACGCUGUCGAGCGAAGCGCCACCGACGCCCUGAUGGACUCGGAGAAGAGUCUGGCUCUGGUCCGAAUGCUGAUGAACAGAGAGAACAAAGUCAAAGAGCUGAUCGGAGAUCUGAGAACCAUGUACGAUCAGACUUCAAACCAGGUGAGGAGUUUGGAGGACCAGGCGAGCCGGCUGAGCGGCGAGGCCAGAGACGAGAGCAAGAUGGCGGACGGCAUGCUGAAAGACAUCACCAGGAUGGAGCGAAGCAUCCCACCAUCCCUGAAGGACGGGGUGGACGCCAUGGUUUCCAGGUUGGGUGGUCUGAGGGAGGCAGUGGACGGAGACAUUUCAGGCUUCGAGGCGCUGCAGGACGGUGUGCAGCGAGACAUGGCCGCCGCCAGAGACCUGCUGACCAAAGGCACGGCCGCCCAGCAGAAGUUCAACAAGCUGGUGGACAGAGUCAAUGUCGCCAAGGCCGACACCGAAGACGCUCUGCAACGCAUCAAGAGCAACACCAACGAGCUGGACGACGCACUGAACACCCUGAAAGGUUUCGAUCAGCAGAUCGACAGCAACAAAGCUCUGGCUGACGACGCCAUCAAACGUCUUCCUGGCAUCAACGCCACUAUCCAGCAGGCAGUCAGCAGCAACGCUGAGACUUUGUCGGUCUUGGGAGACGUGUCUGAUGGUUACAACAGUGCACUGGGAACCAUCAACGUGUUGGAGAACGUGGUCAACAAUCUGGAGGAAACAUUUGGAACCUUGCCGUCUCAGACUGGUCAGGCGAUUGAAGCCUCCAAUGAACUGAACCAGGACGUGAAGAAUCUGAAGACGAAGGCGGUCGGUGUAGCUGGAGAACUGAACUUUGAGCUGGACGCUGCGAGGAGGCUGGAGGCUGACGCGGAUCAGGCUGCUGUCGAUGCGGCUGAAGCGCUCAACAACGCCAAACAGACCCAAGCUGCUGUCGGAAAAACACUGCAGGACAUCAACAGUCUGCUCGCUGACCUGAAAAAGCCCGGCGUUGUGGAUGAAAACCAUCUGAAGAAGCUGGAGGACUCUCUGGCCGGCGCUCAGAACGACGUGGAGGGGCGUCUGAGGCCUCGGCUCAGGGACAUGGAGGAGCAGGAGGCCGUCCAGCGCCGCCGGCUGACCAGCAUCAACCAGGACAUCGACACCAUCCUGAGAGACAUCGCUAACCUGGAGGACAUCCUGAAUGCCGUCCCCAGCGGAUGCUACAACAGCCCGCCCAUCGAGGAGCCCUGAGGACCGCCAAGAGUUACAGAACCUGCUGCCAAGUUCUGGUUCCACGGAGUCCUGAUCCACAGUAACAUCCCUGACAUUUGAGCAGUUUUUAUUGGCUUGAUGGUGAAUGCACCAAAUGAUGAUCAUAAAAAUGUGAUUAAAAACAAUGACGAGAGAUUUAAGAUGGAAGAGGAGUGGAUUAGUUUCAGUCUGCAGCUCUUUAUAACACGGUCCAUCAUUUACUACAUUUCCCAUCAUGCACCUGGACAGUAUGUUUGUAAUUUGCUCCGUCCAAACCUGAAACGUUCCCUGCUUACUGUAAUGUAAUCUAAAGCACAUUAAGACCAAAUUAUUUGGAUGUUUUUCAUAUCCUGAGUCUUGUUGUUGAGGUCACGUCAGGAUCAUUCGGCGUUCCUCCUGUCUGAGGGUGCAGCCGUGGAGUGAGCGUGUUGAAUUUAAUGUUGGAGAAACUGAAACUGUUUGACCUUUUUUUGCAUUAUUGCACAGAACACCUACAGAUUUUUAUUAUUUUUCUUCUUUAAACAAGUUCAGUAUAAAACAAACGUAUUUAGAACUGAUAUCUAACGUUUACGUGACAAAGAAUCUAUAUUUUCUGUUUGUAUUUCUGACACUGAUGUCGUCUUUGUGACUGUGUGAAUGUUAAAGUUUGUAUUUAUAAGUUUUUUAAUUCUGUGUUUUAAUUUGUGACUGACCAGCAGAAAUAUUUAUGUCCUACCUGCUUUGAAAUAAAAACCUGCUGCACUUUUUUUCUGA